GUAUGGAGAAAUUUCCCCGCCAGGCCCAGGAGAUCAUUGAACUACUCAAAGGCAAUAUUGAGAGGGGUUUGAUGCCCUCUAAUUGGUCUCUGGCGGGCGUGGUGGAACAGUUAGACAGUUUGGGAGGUCCUGUUGAGGACUCGGUGUUCUACAAGCCCUUCCUACACCACCUCUCACCACCCUCAGCUGAACUAAGGACGACGCUGAGACACCAAGCACAGGAGAGGAUCAAGCAAGACUUACUUCCCUUCUUCAAGAAAAUCCGUGAUUUUAUUGAGACGGAUUAUUUACCUGCUACGAGGCCAGAGGUAGCAGUCUCAUCGCUCGAAGGUGGUCACGACUAUUAUCAGGCUUGCCUCAAUUUCCAUACCAGCACCAGCCUCACGCCCCAGGAGAUCCAUAACUUGGGUGUUACAGAAGUGGCCAGGAUAGAAGAGGAGGUGCAGAAG